AUGUUUAGGACAUCAUUAACCAAGGCCAACGGCUUUUCAAAAGCCAAUGGCUUAUUUUCAAGAGCUUUUUCAACUACUCCAAGAGCUUUGGGUACAAAAGUAUUUCUUCAAACCUCAAUCGACGGUGAGGUUCAACCACCAAUUAGAUUUGAAUUAUACGAUGAUGUUGUUCCCAAGACAGUCGAAAAUUUCAAAGUUUUAGCCAGUGGUGAAAAAGAUGUUAGUUACAAGGGGUCUACUAUCCACAGAAUUAUUCCUCAGUUUAUGAUACAAGGAGGUGAUUUUGAAACCGGGAAGGGGUACGGUGGGUAUUCGCCAAUUUGGGGAAAGCAUUUUCCAGAUGAAAACUUUACCAAAAAACACGAUAGGCCAGGUUUGUUAUCCAUGGCUAAUGCCGGUCCAAACACCAAUGGCUCGCAAUUUUUCAUCACUACUAUUCCUACUCCAUGGUUAGAUGGCUAUCAUGUUGUUUUUGGCGAAGUCAUUGAUGGCUACGAUGUGGUUAAAAAGAUUGAAAGUUACGGUAGUGAACAUGGGGAACCAACCGCCAGAAUUGUAAUUGAGGAUUCUGGAGUUGAAGAGGAAAAGAAGUAA